AUGAGCCAGGCCAGGCCUCGCUAUGCCAUCGAGCGUCCUGCCUACUCCGUCAGCCUCUUCGACGAGGAGUUUGAGAAGAAAAGCAGAACUUACCCCGUCGGGGAGAAACUGAGAAACCUUCUCAGAUGUUCAGGUUCCAGGUUCAAGCUCACCCUCUUCCGCCUGUUCCCGAUCCUGGCGUGGCUCCCCAAGUACAGGAUCAAGGAUUACAUCCUGCCUGAUGUGCUGGGCGGGCUCAGUGCGGGGACAAUCCAAGUGCCACAAGGGAUGGCCUUCGCCCUCCUGGCCAACCUGCCUCCUGUCAAUGGGCUCUACUCCUCCUUCUUCCCCCUGCUCACCUACUUCUUCCUCGGGGGCAUCCAUCAGAUGGUGCCAGGGACCUUUGCUGUCAUCAGCAUCAUUGUUGGCAACAUCUGCAACGAGCUGGCUCCGGAGUCGGACUUCCAGUACUUCAACCACAGCACCAACGAGAGCAGGGUGAACACCACGGCCCUGGAGGCGGCCAGGCUGGAGAUCUCUGCCACUCUGGCCUGCCUGACAGCCAUCAUCCAGCUGGGCCUGGGCUUCCUGCAGUUCGGCUUCGUGGCCAUCUACCUGUCCGAGUCCUUCAUCAGGGGCUUCAUGACGGCGGCGGGGCUGCAGAUCCUCAUCUCCGUGCUCAAGUACGUCUUCGGCCUGGCAGUCCCGUCCUACACCGGGCCCUUGGCCAUCGUCUACACAUUCAUUGACAUUUGUAAAGGUCUGCCCCAAACCAACCUGGCCUCCCUGGUCUAUGCCUUGGUCAGUGCUGUGCUCCUGAUCAUUGUCAAGGAGCUCAACCUCAAGUACAUGAAGAAGAUCCGGAUGCCCAUCCCCAUGGAGAUCAUCAUCGUGAUCGUGGCCACUGCAAUCUCGGGCAGCUUCAGCAUGCCUGACAAGUACGGGAUGCCAAUAGUGGGGAAGAUCAGCAUGGGGUUCCCAGAGCCCACCCUGCCCCUGGUCAGCAAGUGGAAGGACAUGGUGGGCACGGCUUUCUCGCUCGCCAUCGUGGGCUACGUGAUCAACCUGGCCAUGGGGAGGACGCUGGCAGCCAAGCACGGCUACGACGUGGACCCCAACCAGGAAAUGCUGGCCCUGGGCUGCAGCAACUUCUUCGGAUCCUUCUUCAAAAUCCACGUGAUCUGCUGCGCUCUCUCCGUCACCCUCGCUGUGGAUGGGGCAGGAGCGAAAUCCCAAGUGGCAAGUUUCUUUGUGGCUCUGGUGGUCAUGGUGACCAUGCUGUCCCUGGGAAUCUACCUGGAGCCUCUUCCAAAGUCCGUGCUGGGAGCCCUCAUCGCUGUGAACCUGAAGAACUCCCUCAAGCAGCUGGCUGACCCCUUCUACCUGUGGAAGAAGAGCAAGCUGGACUGCCUGGUCUGGCUGGUGAGCUUCCUCUCUGCUUUCUUCCUGAGCCUCCCCUACGGCGUGGCGGUGGGCGUGGGAUUCUCCGUGCUCGUUGUGGUUUUCCACACCCAGUUCCGCAACGGCUCUGCCCUGGGCCAGGUGAUUUCCACUGACAUCUACAAGAACCCCAAAACCUACAACAAGGUCCAUGAAGUUAAUGGGAUUAAAAUCAUCACCUACUGCUCGCCGCUGUAUUUCGCCAACUCGGAGAUAUUCCGGGAGAAAAUCAUAGCCAAGACAGGGGUGGAUCCUGGCAAGGUGUACUUGGCCAGGAGGAAAUUUGUGAAACGGCAGGCGAAGGGCACAGCGGACCCACCAGCAAAGCUCCCAAAAUUCCUGCUGAAGGAGAGCAAGACCUUGUCUUUGCAAGAGCUCCAGAAGGACUUUGAGAGCGCCUCUCCAACAGACACCAACAACAACCAGACCUCUGCCAACGGUGCCAGCAUCUCCUACAUCGCAUUCCACCCUGCUGCCCAGGGGGCUGGGCCAGGGCAGAGCCCUGGGGAGCUGGGCAGCAGCACCCUGCCGGGCAGCAGCGACCCCGUGCUGGCAGCACCGCCCUACAUCAGCUUCCACACCAUCAUCCUGGACAUGAGCGGGGUGUGUUUUGUGGACCUGAUGGGCACGAAAGCGCUGAGCAAGUUGUGUUCCAGUUACCAGAAGAUUGGGAUUAAAGUGUUCCUGGCAAACGUGCAUGCCCAGGUGUACGAUGACAUCAGCACAGGGGGAGUCUUUGAGGAAGGAGGCCUGGACCGAAGUCACAUCUUCCUCACCAUCCACGAUGCUGUUCUCUUUGCACUGGCCAGUAUCAGAGAAUUUGUCCACCCACCCGUCUUGGAAGAGAGGCCGACCCAGACAGAGCUCUCCAUCUAUGAUGAGUCUGUGGAUGAGAGCAGUGCAGAGUACAAGAACCUGGAGGAGGAGAUGUUUGGAAGCAUGUUCCACUCAGAGACCCAGACAGCUCUGUGAGCACAGCGAGCACCAGGCAAACCCUCCAGAGGAGACUCCUCUCUGCCACCCCUCCCUGGAGAGCUGCGCUUCCACCCGGGGAUAAAAGGUUUGCAACGAGGCCACCACCUCCAGAACUGCCAAAUCCCUCCCUCCUCCCUGCUCUGCUCUGGCACUCAGAGCACUCUGGAGGGUUCACAGGACUCUGGAGCAGGCAGCAGCCCCUGGGGAGGCUCAGGAGAUGGAUUCUGAUGGAUUGCAGAAGUGCAGCUCAGCUGGAGGCAGGUGCCUGAGCCCAGGGGACAUGCAGACACCCCUCUGUCCCUCGCAAUCCUUCUGGAACUGCAUCAUCUGGGCACCCUGCUCCUUCCCUUCCCUCCUCCUCUCUCCCCAAGAAGUGGAAUAGAAGCAAACAUUGAAAGAGCAGCAGUGGCUCUGCCAGCUGCUGCUGCUGCCUGAUGUGCACUGACCCCCAAAUUCCCCUGCAGCCUCUGCCUCUCCUCUUCUGUGUCCCAGCACCCCCAAAAACCACUGCCUCCAACCAGUGCUGUAUUUCUGACACCCCAAAGACCUCAGGAACUCUCUCAGCAGGGCUAAAUUCUGAAAUACAGAAUUUUCUUUUUCUUGCUAAUAGGACAGGCUUGUACUCAGAAAUAAGAAUUCCUUGUUAAGUGCACAGUGGGUUGAGUACAUCAAAACAGAUUAUAUCUUAAAAUGCUAUUUCUAUUUUAAUACUCUAUAAUAUUACAAAUGUAAGCAAGCUUUAGAGUACCAUUUGAGUACACAGAUGUUAUUGAGCUGACUGCUGAAGGCUUCCUGGGAAGAGAAUGUGGGGUUUUCCUGCAGCUCCCAGAUGUCUCAUUUUUAAGGAAAACCAUCCUUGCUAAACAGUCACUAAAGGAAACAACAGC